AUGGCCAUUGCACAAAGACUUCUCAUCACUAUGUCCUGUGAAGCCAGCGUUCACUGGACGUUGCCUGCUUUUGUUCUCUUGGGUUUUCUGGCUGGGAUUGUUUCAUCGUAUCCAGUUGUAAGCAGAACUAAUGGCACAUUGCUGGAGAGAGGAUGGGAGUCUCUGUUGUCCAGGUCCAUUGCUGGGAUGUCAGGAGAGAAAUCAGAUGUGAACUGGGAGAGUGACUAUUUGCUAGGAAUCAAGAGGCAGCGGAGGCUUUACUGCAAUGUGGGCAUCGGGUUUCACCUUCAAAUCCUCCCAGAUGGAAGGAUAAGCGGUGUUCAUAAUGAAAACCAAUACAGUCUUUUAGAAAUAUCAACUGUGGAGCGAGGUGUUGUUAGCCUGUUUGGGGUGAAAAGUGCUCUCUUUGUAGCAAUGAACAACAAAGGGAGGUUAUAUGGAACGGCAAUUUUUCAAGAUGAAUGCAAAUUCAGAGAAACCCUGCUGCCCAAUAACUACAAUGCAUAUGAAUCUAGUGCUUACCAAGGGGCUUACAUAGCGCUCAGCAAACACGGGAGAGUGAAAAAAGGAAACAAAGUCUCUCCUGCGAUGACAGUGACACAUUUUUUGCCCAGAAUAUGAAAACAAAUACAACAUAUUAAACCACAGAAAAAAAAUAUCUAUUUCAUUUUGCACAUGUGAAUAAUCUCCCAGGUAAAGUAUUUAUGCUGUUUGUAGAUAUAUGUAUAUUUGGAUAGAGAAGUUUGUAUUAGAUCCAUUACACAGUAUAUGCUGCUUCUCUUAUACUCAGUGUACACAAAUUCUAUCUGGGUGCACACACCUGAACUGGUGCUGUACAGAAAAAAAAUGCAACCCUGACUGAAGGGCAACAAGUAUCUGGAACUUGUAAAGCAGCCACAGAUACUUUUUGUUGGUGUUGUUUGAUUUUAAUUACCUCACAUAGUAGCCUUUUGAUUGAGAGUUUUUAUUAAUACAUAUAAUGGGCCAAAUCCUCAGCAGGAUGGACUUCAAUGGAGCUACACCAGUUUACACCAUCUGAGGAUCUCCCCCGCCCCCCAUAUAAAUAGUAUUGAAUCCCAAAAUCCUCACUCAGUUUUACUUACUAGGGCUCACAAAUGGUUCCAUGUGAACAAACUUGUUUGCCGACAAAAUCCCACUGAAGUCAGUGGUGUCUCCACAAGGGCCUAAGGCUCCGCCCACGUGCAUGUCUCUGCAGGAUAAGGAACGAAGUCAGUUUGCCUGAGCCCUGCUCAACGCUUAAAAUUUAGAUUGACCUAGUUAUAUUGCUCGGGGGCGGGGGGGUGUUGAAAAAUUCACACCCCCUGAGCGCCAUAAUUAUCCCAGCCUAACCCCUGCUGAAGAUGUGGCUAGGUUGAUGGAGGAAUUCUUCCCUCACCUUAGCUACAGCCACUCGGAGAGGUGGAUUACCUACAGCGACAGAAAACCCCCUUCUAGCAACGUAGGAAGAGUCUAUACUAUGGCGCUACAGCAACAUAGCUGUGGCUGUGUCACCGUAGCACCUGUGGUGUAGACGUGCCCUGAGUAAGGACUGAGCAAGGACCUCAGGAUCUGGCCCCUCUAUAUUAGAGAUGGACCUGAGCUGCAAAAUGUGUGUCUUGAGUUCAAGAUUUUGAACCCUUCAGCAUUUAGGAUUGUUCACAUCAAGACUGUUCAGGCCCAUCUCGUAUAUACACAUUUGUAAAACGUAUGGCAUUCAUGGGAGCUUCCCACAAAGGGACAUGUUAGAGAACAGCUUUCUAUAAAACACUGACUGCCUGUCAUACCGGAGAGUCCUUCUUAGACCCAGAUGAAUGCUUUUUUGUUUGAUAGUUCAGGCAUAUCCUAUUGCCUUAUUCUUCUUUCCCUUAUCUCAGUCAAAUACAGCAGCUUCCAUGUUGUCCAAAACAUUCUCUUUGGGGGCUGCGGUGGAGGAAGUUAUGUCAUAAUUCCAACUGGUAAAGAUAAACACUUAUUUACUUGCAAGGACUGUUUGCAAAUUUCAUGUGUUGUCCCCCAAACCUCUCCUAAAAAUACACACGAAGGACAUACAACCCUACCCAACUGUUUAGAUAACCUUUUUCCAGAAUACCAGUCAUGCCACAUUCUCUGUGCCUUUAAGGAGUAUUUUAAGAGGCCUUAAGUCAAUAGUUGCUAUAAAUGUCAGUUACCAGAAGCCUUGAGAUGCCUGCAUUGAUGGGGUGCUCCUAAAUUUGAAACUAGACUCAAUGCAGCAUCAGAGGAUGAGCAUUUUCUGCAUAGAACCCACCACGUUGCUGCAGAAGCGUAUGUCCGAGUGCAAGAUAAUCUCCCACGUGCAACCAAAAUGCUGAAUAUCACCAGCCUUGACAUGCCAUUCUAUUUGCAGUGGGUGUAUAUUUGUAAUGAAUGUGGGCCUUUUGACCUAUGACAUACACUGUAAGGGUCAGGUCCUCGGCUGGUGUAAAUCAGCAUCACUCCAUUGACAUCAGUUACAUCAAUUUACACCAUCAGAGGAUUUGGUCCAAAGUGGGUCUAUGUAUGCCUAUGUACAUGCACACUUUUCAAGUUAUUGUGAAAACAAUUUUAUUAACAAGAAACCAUUUUCCAGUUACUUUUGUGUGAUUUAUACUUGAAUUUAUUUUGCUCAAAAUGUAGACUUUCUGAAUUGCUCAGACAUCUUGUGAUCACUGUGUAAACAAAGAGAAAAGGAAGGACAUGUGACUUGGACAUUUUUGAUAAGGCAAAGAAAAAAGUGAUUGAGUUGUUGAGUACGGUAGCAUGGAAAGAGAAGCGAGGUUGGCAUACUGUAGAUGUCUGCCAUGUUUGAAGCUAUUUGCUUUGGAAAGCUUUGCAUUUUUAAGAGGAAAAGCAGGAUGUUUGAAGGAGGGUCAGAGCAAUGCUUAGAGAAUAGCGGUUAGAUCCCCAGCUGGCGUAAACAGGCAGAGCUCCGGUGAAGCCAGUGGAUCUACGCUGAGACACCAGUGGAGGAUCCAGGGCCGGCUCCAGGCACCAGCUUGGCAAGCAGGUGCUUGGGGCGGCCACUUCGGG